AUGGUUGACCAUGGUGAACAUGGCGUCCAUGCGCCACACUUGAAGCACAGUCAUGCCCAUGAAGAAGACAUUCCUGGGACUGUCAACCUCCAAGCACUUGAGGGUGACGACACCGGCUAUGGACAAGCACUAUUCCCUGUGCCGGCAGACGACCCCAACGAUCCUCUUCAAUGGGGAAAUAAAAAGAAGACCAUGAUCCUUUGCAUCUGUGCGGCUUACUCGUUCUUGGGUAAUUCUGCUCUCCUGGGGCCGAGUGUGUAUAUUGGAAUCUAUUCCGAGCUAUUCAGCAUCACGCCUGCAAAGGCAUCGGGACUAGUCAGCUAUCCUAACCUAGCAUAUGGAUUUGGUUCCUUGGUCCUCUUUGCGGCAGGCUUGAUCGGGUCUUCACAGUGCAACACAUUCGCCAGUUUGAUGGCCACCCGGGUCAUUGCACAAUUCGGCGCCGGAGUCUGUGAAGCUCUCCCUGUCCAGUUGGUGAACGACAUUUUCUUUCUUCACGAACGUGGUCAACGUCUCGGCUACUACACCGUGUGUCUCUGCCUUGGAGCCACUGGGCCCCUAUACGCUGGUUAUAUGCUCUCGGGUGGUAAUUCGUGGCGACUAUUCUUCUACGUCGAGUUUGCAUUUGCUUGCGUGCUGUUUAUUCUUGCGUUUCUCUUCGUCGAGGAGACCUGGUACAAGCGGGACUUGAUGAAGGCCAGACUUGGAGCGGCAGUGACGGCAAAUGCAGAGCCAGAAAAGGGCGUCGAAACCGAAUCCGCGGAAAUUUCGCCAACCGCACCCGCUCGGAAGAGCUUUGUGUCGACCCUGAAACCUUGGGGAGUCUAUGAUCGUGAAGCGCCCUUCUUCAUGACCGCCAUACGAUCGUUCUCCUAUUUCCUCGUCCCGAGUGUCUUUUGGGUGGUGGCCACUUAUGGUAUUUAUAUUGGCUUGGGAGCCUUAGCAUUCAACUUCACGUUUCCCAUCAAGAUUGUUGCGCCGCCCUAUAAUUGGAGCCAGACGAAUUCGGGUCUGAUCGCAGUUGGAAAUAUCAUUGGAUAUGCGUUGGCUGUACCAUUCACCACGUCGUCUGAUCGAUUAGCAGCAUAUCUAACCAAGAAGAAUAACGGCAUUCGGGAGGCAGAGAUGAGACUGGGUGUUCUGCUGCCCGCUAUGCUGAUUGGGCCCGCAUCACUUAUAGUAUACGGCUACACUGCGGAAAGAAAUUUGCAUUGGAUUGGCUACUUCGCUGGGGUGGCCAUGUGUAACUUCAGCGCAUAUUUCUUCUUCACCUUCACGCUGGCCUACGCAGUGGACAGUUACACGGUGAAUCUGUCAGAGAUGCUGAUCGCAAUGAAUCUGGGAAAACAGGCCAUCUCAUUUGGUAUGGGCGAGGAUCUCCUUCAGUGGGUCCUGACCCUCGGGUACGUCAAGACCAUUGCAGGUAUCUUCUGUGGGGUUCUCGCCGCCAAUGAUCUGGCACUCCUGCUGUUCAUGUUCUACGGGAAGAAAAUCAGAAUCGCGACCAGCAAGACUUGGUUGGCGAGUAUGCAUAGGAAAACUCAGGUUGUGGGAGAGUCUCAUUGA